UUCUCUCCUGCUGUGUACUCUCCAAAGGCAGCAUCUCAGUCACUGCUCCGUUGGCCAUUCAACAACAGUGGCAUUGAGAGCGGCAUGGCAACGGAGAGGAGACAGGCGGGGGGAGAAGGUGUGGUGAGGGGGUGAUAGUUUAACCGGACCAGAGAGAGGAGAGGAGAGGAGAGGAGAGGAGCAGCACUAUUUCCACUGCUCUCUGCCCGAGGAAACGCAGCGCGCUCUGAUAAGACGAUGCACCACCGCCGCCGCCUCUCCGCACAGUCGCCGCCGCUGACCAGGUGUUGGAGCAAAGAACGGGGACGCCGUUAACGUGACAGAAGAUAAACUUGGACGCAGCUCUAUGCGCUGUGCGCACCUCUCUCUGGUCCCGUUCACAGACCCGUCGAGAAGAUGCUGAGCCGACUGAUGAGCAGCAGCAUCAGGAGUCUGGACAGGGAAUGCAACUGCACCGUGAGGCUGCUGGACGACUCGGAGUACACCUGCACGAUUCAGCGGGAUGCCAAGGGACAGUACCUGUUUGACCUCAUUUGCCAUCAUCUCAACCUGCUGGAGAAAGACUACUUUGGCAUCAGAUAUGUUGACCCAGACAAGCAGAGACACUGGUUGGAGUUUACAAAGUCAAUUGCCAAACAAAUGAAAUCCCAGCCUCCAUUCACCAUGUGUUUGCGUGUCAAGUUUUACCCACCUGACCCUGCUGCCCUGAGAGAGGAAAUCACCAGAUAUCUCGUCUUCCUGCAGGUCAAGAGGGAUCUCUACCACGGACGCCUUCUGUGUAAGACAUCGGAUGCAGCUCUGUUGGCUGCCUACAUUUUACAAGCUGAAAUCGGCGACUAUGACCCCGGGAAGCACCCAGAGGGCUACAGCUCCAAGUUCCAGUUCUUCCCCAAGCACUCAGAGAAAUUGGAGCGGCGGAUUGCUGAGAUCCACAAGACUGAGCUGAUAGGUCAGACUCCUGAAACAUCAGAGCUAAAUUUCCUUCAGAAAGCUCAGAUGCUGGAGACGUAUGGAGUGGACCCUCACCCAUGCAAGGAUGUGUCUGGCAACCCAGCUUUUCUGGCCUUCACUCCUUUUGGAUUCACUGUGCUGCAAGGAAACAGGAGGGUCCAUCUCCUCAAAUGGGAGGAGGUGACCAAACUCAAGUUUGAAGCAAAGACAUUCCAUAUAUAUGCAAAUCAGAAAGAGGAUAAGAAGAUCAUACUGACUUACUUUGCACCUACACCUGAAGCCUGUAAGCAUCUGUGGAAAUGUGGAGUCGAGAAUCAGGCCUUCUAUAAGCUGGAGAAGUCGAGUCAAGUCCGCACUGUGUCCAGUAGUAAUCUCUUCUUCAAGGGAAGUCGCUUCAGAUACAGCGGAAAGGUUGCAAAAGAAGUAAUGGAACAAAGUGCCAAGAUCAAGAGAGACCCCCCUGAGAUCCACAGGGCUGGUAUGGUGCCAAGUAGGAGUUGUCCGUCCAUCACCCAUGGCCCUCGUCUGACCAGCGUGCCCAGAACCCGAAGGAGAGCCGUGCACAUCUCCAUCAUGGAAGGUUUGGAGUCCCUUCGAGACAGCGCCCACUCCACACCUGUGCGCUCCGUCUCCCAUGGUGGCUCCUUCAUGUCUUCCAGGGGCCAGAUGGUGGAUGGCAGCGAGGCUAGUACAUCAGCAGUCAUCUCUGACGAGGCCUAUAGCCCCUCCGACAGUGUGCUGCCCACUCCAGUGGCAGAACAUGGGAUGGAGAUGCCUUUGGCUCGCCACCUCAACGGUGCUCCCUGCAGCAUCGAUGAGGAGAAGGAGUCAGAGGCGGGUGCAUCAAAGGAGGGGCAGGCCCCUGCCCGGCCCGGCAGGAGAGCGCAGCGCAUGGUCAAAAGCAGGCCAUCACCACCUAGCGACGCGGAGGAGCUCAACAAGUUCGUCCUGAGCGUGUUGCGUCUGUUCCUAGUUACCAUUGGACUACUCUUUGCUCUGCUGCUGCUCCUCAUCAUGCUGACAGAGUCAGACCUGGACAUUGCUUUUCUGAGAGACAUCCGCAAGACACCUGAAUUCCAGCAGUUCCACUUUGAAUACUUCUGCCCUCUGCGGCGCUGGUUCGCCUGUAAGUUACGAUGGAUGGGAGGUUUCCUUGUCAGCAAGUGAGGCAAAGCUGAAAGAUACAGACAGUGAAUGACUCAAGACAACCCUCCACUAAUGGAGACUGGACAAAAGAGGUCAGGACACCGGGGGAGAGGAGAGGAGAGAAAAGUAAAAAAAAAAGAUGGCAGCCCUGUUCCUAAUAUCAGCUCAGCUUCUCCCAGGAAAGAGUUCCUGUCAAAAGCCACGAUCUGUCCCCUGAAGAGCCUUGUCUAUCAUGUCUGACCCUCGCUACCGGAGAAGGAAAUCACAUUUUACUUUAGAAAUUCAGGUCAUCUCGAGGUAUUUUGUUUUAUACACAGAGUCACAGGGUUUAAUUUAAACACAGAAACAAGUCUGACAGACACUCAGUUGCUCAACCAUCGAUAACAGUUGCCUUUAUUUUUGUAUUAAUUUAUAUGAUGUGACAUAACUGUAAGGGAAAGAUGAAAAGGAAAGGUGUUAGGGUGCGCGUUAUGUGACCUGAAAGUCAGAGUGAAGUGUUAAGAGACGACAAGACGGGGGGGUCUAGCUCAUCAGAAAUGUCAUCGUGGUCACUACCUUGAGAUAGACCAGGGUCUGUUAGAGAAAGUGUUCAAUGGAACAAUAGGCAGCACUUAUUGAAUGUAGUCGAGUCCUGAAUCUGGUAAUGUUUUCUUUAGAUAAUUGGUAGGCAGGUACACAGGGGUUUGAUAAGGGUGUGACUUGGCCCUGAAAGAAGGCUCGAUUGAUGGACGAUGCUUGUAGUGCUGUAGCUUCGUUUGUGGUCUGUUAAGUGUGCUCACAUCACCGUUUUUCGUCCAGACACUAGAGGACUAAUGAAGUUUUAUCAACACGUUAAGCUUUUGUAAGGCUAUAUAAGUAAGUAAGUAAGUAAUGAGGGUUCUAGGUUUACUGUUCAUUAAAUAGCAGCCAAAUAGUAACUACAAUCUGUGUGUGAGGAACAGUUGUCACUUUGCUGUAGUUACUUUUACAGUAGUUGUAAAGGUGAUGGGAGUGUGUGAGCUAGCGCUGUAGUGAUAGUCAGGUGUUUGGUUAGUUCUUUGACUCCCGUAAAUCUGUAGAAGGAGUCCAUCUUGAUGUGCAAUACUGUUAGCAUUAAAAACCCAGAGAUCUUUUCCGUUAAGGGAAACUUGUUUUACCUUUGUAAAGUGCGAGAAUUAGUGCUAUUUUCCCCACGGUACAUAGUUAAGAGAGUUUGGUUCAAGUUUAAGACCCGUGUUGAGAGACGGCUGUUAACUUUGUUUAGACCUGUUGUGUUAAAACGUAUGUGUAAAGGCCGAGUAUAUUUAAAUCAUGUUUCCACAAACCUCUGUCUUGUUAUCAGAUUUCCUCACAGUGACUCUUGAUGUACUUGAAGCAUUAUCUAUUUUUUUACAGUGGAUAUGUGGUUUUCCCUGCGCUCAGUUGCAAGAGAGCUUAAGAUUCGUCAUGUUUACGUCGCGCUGCAACCUUCAUCAUCACGCCUACCAAAGAAGCCUCUGUUGUCUCAUGCUCACGCAGGUUUGCGUCAACAGAUGGAAACUAUAAUAGUCUGCUUUCCUCCUCCAGCCUUAUUACUUAGGAUAGUUCACAGGUUCGCUCACAGUGUGUCUUUACAGCCCAGACCAACACGAUCAGUUUAAGACAUGAAGUUCAAAUGUGACAGUAAAGUAUUGGUCCUUUUCUCAAGCCCACAUGUGGUUGCUUAGGAUGUAUUAUGUAUCAGCUGUGCACCAGUGGCUCAUCAGCAGGUCCACAACAGUCUACCUAAAAAGAAUGACACGGUGUGUAUGUAACAAUAGGGAUGGUUUGUUAUCUGCAGAGGGAUUUAGGUUAUGCAGGUGCCUACUGGUAGUUUUGAAAGUAUUAGUAUUCAAGUCAACACAAAAAGCAUUACUUUGAGUCCCUGGUGUGUUGCCCAGCUUUAAAUGACGAUUUUAUUUUGUAAACCAGAAGUACAAAUAAGCCCAAUUCCCUUUUAAUGAUUAUCAAAUGAUGUUUAAAUAAUGUUUUGGGAGUGCUUUCUAUCAAUUACUGAUGUAUCUACUUUGAUUCAGAUGGUGCUCAGUGGUUUUCGAUUGAAGAAAAAAAAAGGCAGAAAUUUUGCUUUUUAGCCACCGUUAUAUUUCAUGUGUACGGAAGAAUUGCUACAUAAUCUGAGCAAUAAAUAUUAGAUUAUGUAUUUAAUAUCAACGUAAACUGAGAAUUUAUGUUUGUCUCUGUUCUCGAGACACAAAAUGUCUUUUAAGUCCUCAAGUCUGUAGAUGCAUGGGUUUAUGGGAUAGCGGCCACUGUUCCCGUCUGCAAUGGGCUGCAAAUAGAAAGAUGACAAAUGUGUUAACGUGAACCCUGUUGGAUUGUCUGACCUUUGACUGCUCUUCCUUGUCUGAAUUUGCAGAAGCUGCACACCUCUAACAGAAAAUAGAAAUGGAACAGAUACAUUUUUCAGUCAAUUUCAACAGCAGAAGUAGCAUCUUCAACUACCUGAACAUUUAUUUGUGUGAUGCAUUUCAAGGUAUACCUUAUCCUAAAUUUCCAAAAAUCUGUUUCAGAUCAUUUGGAGUGGCGACACAGAGGGGUGACAGUUCCACUGACUCUUGUUUUACUGAAUCAUGUAAACGGGAUCAAGGCCUCAGACUUGGUCUUACUGUAAGCUUUCUUCCUGUACCGUGGCCCAGCACAUGGAAAUGUCUCUGUAAGCAUGUGUCCUGCAUUUAUUACCUCCAAACAAGACUGCUUAUUUACACUCACUUACUGAAUACUGGUGUCAGCGAUUUAUGAAUAAAUAUUAUCUAUUCUUGA